UCGAAUUCUGCCCGUAUCAUCUGAGUUCCAAUUCUUGAAUAAGCUAUACAAUGGCUAACUCCAAUGGAGCUCUCGUUGUGACUCUGCUGAUCGCUUCUUUCGCUUCGCAUGCUCUCGCUGGAUUCAUGGGCGGAGCCUCAACUUUCGCACCUGCUGCGGGUGCGCUUAUCAAGGCAUGGAACAAGCUCAAGCCGGGCUUUGCCCAGGACGUCGUCGCGUACGACUCCGUCGGUUCCGGCACGGGAAUCACGGGCUUCAACGCUGGCACGUACCUCAUUGCUGUCUCCGACGACCCCAUGACCGCCGCGCAAGAGGGCGGCGUCGUCGCGAGCGGCAAGAUCACCGUGCCGCUGUGCGUCUCCACCUUCAGCUUCUUCUACAACGGGAAGCCCGGCCUUGUGCUGACGGCCACCCAGACGUACCAGAUCUACAGCGGCGCCACAGCCGCCUGGUCCGGCAUCCCCGGCGCUGCAGGCAAGGUCGCGGGGGCCAUCACUGCCGUCGCUCGUAGCGACAAGUCCGGGUCUACCGCCAUCGUGAAGACCAUGUGGUCCAAGGCAGUGGCGGGCUAUGGCGACGGUACGGACGGCACUUCCAUGACCUACGCCGGCCUCACCAAGGUCGAGGGAACCAGCGCCGUCUGCGCCGCCGUCUUGAAGACCAAGGGCGCCAUUGGUUACGCGUUCACCGGCGGCUGCAGCACGGUCUACAACCGCCGCCGGCCCAACAACCCCAAGCGCGUGAUCGCUGCUCUCAAGAACGCUAACGGUGUGGCUGUCGCGCCUCCUAAGUGGGUGCCCGGUGCGGCUCUCGUCGGCUCUCCGCCCGCGGCUGACGGGUCGUGGGCGUCGGUGGAUUUCAUCUGGAAGGCCGGCGCUAAGACCCCGGCGAUGGUUUCGAUGGAGUAUGGGUUUAUUCGCAAGUCGCUGACGGGUGUGACCGGCGGGAAGAUCGCCAAGUCGUUCAUGCAGUACAUGAUUGGCAAGCUGAAGAACGGUGGGUAUGGGUUCAACGCGGUGCCCGCUGGGUGGAGGAACCCAUCCAUUACCAUGGUGAACGCUAUCACUGUGUAGUGAGGGUUAUGGCAAUCUAUCAGUGUGGUAAGGCAUCAGUGUUAUGUUGUGCCACGUUAUUGUUUGGUAGAUAUGCUAACAGUGAUGUCCUCUUGUGAUGGAAGGUGUUUUGGAGGAAAGAUU